AUGCCAAGGAGCACAGAGAACAGUCUUUGCAGGGAUUCAGGUUGUAGCCACCUUUGUUCCCUGACCUCCAGAGCAGAGCUGAUCUUUACAGUGAGCCUGGUGGAACAGCAUCUGAGGGAGCUUAGCCGUGCCUGGAGUCUCAGUAAUAAGGUGCCAAUCUUCCUGGCAGCAAUCCUGGAGUCCCUCACCUGCAGGCUGCUGGAGAUUUCGGGCAAUGAGGCCCAACACAUACGUACUCAGAGGUGCAUUACUCCUGAACUGCUGGACUUGGCGGUCUACAGCAAUAUGGAGCUAAGUGAUAUGUUCCAAUUCAUCACCAUCUCCCAGGUGGCCCCUGCUCAUCACUAG